AUGCGUCCAGCCGCUCUUACAUUUCCUCUUACAUUUCAGCAUGAUAUUAAAGCUGGUACCCAGAGCCCGUGGGAACACCAGUUCAAAAACACACAUGGCCACACAUUUAAGAUCGUCACAGUUUCUUACUUUCCCUAUAUUGAUUACUAUAAAAAUGAGGACAUCCCAGGCUCCACUGUCACCUUGAGGGAUUCAUUGGAUACUCGGAUUAUUCAAACUAUAUCUGGAAAACUCAAUUUCACGUACGUGGUUCGUGAGGAGCCAGAGCGAUCUUGGGGACUUGAGACGAAUGGUAAAUUCAGCGGAAUGAUGGGACAGCUUCAGCGAGAAGAAUCUGACUUUUGCACCGAGUCAGCACCUACACCUGGACGAUUGAGGGUGAUAGAGUAUGCCCGCGGAUACCCAGCAGAUGAAAUGAGUCUCACCUCCCUCAAGCCCAGUCUUCUUCCGCAACACACAGCUCUUGUCAGGCCAUUCUUGGGUGAAGUGUGGGUGGGCGUGGCGCUAGGCGUGGUGGUGUGGAGUGUCACGGUCUGGAUUCUACAGCGGAUGUUGAACUUCAUCACAGGAGGUCAAGAGGUUUCCUUUGUCAAGGUGAUGUUUUAUGGCUGGGGUGCACUUCUGGAGCAGCCACCUGAUGACCCUUCCAAAACCAUCUCAGGACAGAUGUUGGUGGGAUGGUGGUUAGUGUUCUGCCUGGUGAUCUCCACGGGCUUCCGAUCAGCCUUAAUUGCUCACCUCACAGUUCAGAGCACUACAAAGCCUAUAGAAACUCUAGAAGACUUGGUGAAACUUGAUGACUGGAAAUGGGGAACAGAGGAAAAACUCUAUAAAGGCGCUGUAAUCGAAUAUUUCACCAGAAACUCUGAUCCUGUGGUGAAAAAAAUUCUGGCAAACCUUGAAAUCUUGGGUUCCGAGGAUGCUUUAAACAAGAUUGUGAAGGGAGGUUAUACUCUCAUCUGCUUCAAUGAUUAUAUUUCUGUCAUCGUCGCAUCUCGCUACACGGAUGGUCAGGGCCGCACACCUUACUAUAUCAGCAGAAAAGGUUUUUCCGUGUUCGCCAAUCUUGGAUGGGCUUUUAGGAAAGGGGCACCGUUCUACAAUCGAUUCAAUCUACUGUUGAAUAGACUGGAAGACGCAGGUAUCACAAGUUACUGGACCUAUGACGUGUUGAGGAAGCGCAUUAAGGAAAACAGGGCCAUGAGCAAGACAAGCGAAGAAGCAGCGCAAACAGGAAUAUUUCAGAACACUAGCGAGGACGGGAAGGUUUCCCGCCACCUGUGGGCAGCCAGCUUCACUUGGUGUGUGGACAUGUUCGGUACCAGGGGCGUGGCUGCCGUAAACAUGUUCAACAGCCGUGAUGUCCUGGCUGAGAAUGUGCACUGGUGCUGCCUGGUGUGCCUCUGCACGGGUCGCGGGGGAAGCCUCAGUGGGUACCUCCACAUCAAGGGCUCAACUCCAAAGGAAAUUCACGAGGACAUGGUGGCUACUCUACAAGACAAUGCUCCUUCAUACAGCUUGGUUAAAAUUGGGCAGCUGACUCCGAACCGGGCAGAGACAGCCUGGAAGAUGACCCUCGUCAAUGAAGGCCUGCCUCUGUCACCACUCAAGAAAUCUUCGACAAAAUCCAUGACAUGUUGCUCACAGAUCGGCAUCUGA